AUUUGCACUGAAACCACGAGUUGUGCGCUCGCUCGCUCACUCACUCGCACGCUCUCUCGAUCUCUGCCUCUCUCUGUUGUACCUAUCCCUUCACAAGAGGACCUGCUACAAUCUGAACAGGGUCGCACAGCUGGUGGAUGAAUAUCUCUCUUCACCCUAGUGAACCAGCGGAAUUUCUAAGGCAUCCUGUGUCUCUUCAUGUGAAUCCUGCCCAAAGACCAGCCCAGACCAUGAACAAUCACACAGUCAACAAGACCUGUGUGGACUUAUCAGACAGCUCCAGUGGCGACCUGCUGAUGACCAUUUACAUCCUGGCCUUUGUGCUUGGUGUGAUAACCAACCUGUUUACACUGGGGCCGAUAGUUCAGCAAGUGCGUAGCCACAAUGUGCUGGGGGUGUAUCUGCUCAGCUUGGCCUUCUCGGACCUGCUCUACAUCUUCACCAUGCCGGUCUGGAUAUAUUACUACCACAACCACCAUCACUGGAAUAUGAGUCCGUGGACCUGCCAACUCUCUGGUUUCUUCUUCUACUCCAACAUGUACAUCAGCAUUGGUCUACUGUGCUGCAUCUCCAUAGAUCGCUGCCUGACUGUUUCAUACCCUCUACAAGCAAGAACAGUACGCAGCUCUCGUUACGCAUUGAUAAUCUCUGCCUUUGUCGGUCUUGUGGUGAUGACUAUACACUGUCUGAUACUGAUUUUCGACACCAGUUACCCCCUAGAUGAAAACAAACGCUGCUAUGAACACUAUCCCAUGCCCCUACCGGUGGCUCGCUUCAACCUGAUCCGCGCCAGCCUGGGUUUCCUCUGUCCGCUACUAGUGUUGGCUGUGUGCUAUUGGCAGAUCAUCCGUAAAGUGCGGCACAGCGAAGGGGUUGACCAAAAAGCCAAGCAAAAGGUCCGGAGGCUGUCGGUGGCUGUGAUUGCCAUCUUCUCCAUUUGCUUUGCUCCGUACCACUUCUUGCUAACAGUGCGGUCUCUAGCCGCCUUCUACAUGCCGAUGAAGGACUACUGCCACUUUGAAGAGAACCUUCACUUUUUCUUCUCCUGUGCGUUGGCCGUGUCCAGCCUGAACAGCGUCAUGGACCCUGUGCUCUACGUGCUGUCCAGCGAUGGGGUAAAGAAGGACAUUCGACUUUGCUUGGUGCGGUUGAGACGGGGCAAAUUGGAAACCAAGAGUUUUGCCACGAACCAUGUGCAGCUCAUCAGCUCCUCCUGAGUCUGGAGCAGCCUGUCGACCUGUAAUGUGUUGCAGACAGCGACAGCUUUUGAACGUUAAUUUGAUAGUUUCCAUUGAGUAUGGAAGAUCAGGUUAGUCUGUGUUUAGAUGUGAAGCACUGUCUUUCAUUGAUAUUCCACUUUGUUUUACCUUGAUUCUUAGGCAUACCAAAGCACACCAAGUGUAAAUAUUACUGAAAUGUCAUAAUGGUUUGAAAUGAUCCUUAAUUAAGAUUCACGCACAGAAUCGCUGCUCAGAAGUUUCUUCAUGGUAGCCAGUCAAUAGGCACCUCUACCCAGGCACUGGUGCCUAAUAAAAAAAUGUAAAGGAGGGUAUCAUCGGUCAACUGUAUCAUCUGACGCACCACCCUGCUUUUGUACGUGUAUAUGUGCUUUACUGUGUUUCACAGUUUUUGUUUUCAGAGUCCUCAAAUGUGAAAAGUGGUGUAAAAGUCAGAAAGAUCUAUCUCUCCCUUCAGUGCACUCUGUUGUCUUCUGAGUUUUAAGUAUCAUGUCAAAGUUUUAUACUCGACUAAUUUAAGACAGAAUAAGCAGUCCAUUCAAAUAUAUUCUGCCAUUAUGCUAAAGUCACCCAAGUCUGGGUAUAGAAAUUUUCCUUGAUACGUAGAUGGUAUAGAUCAGGGGUCACCAACCUUUUUGAAACUGAGAGCUACUUCUUGGGUACCGAUUAAUGUGAAGGGCUACCAGUUUGCUUUUUGGGCGUUUUUCACCGGUCUCGUGAAAAAAGACUGCUCUUGCACAAACCUGCCUUUAACUCGCGGGCUUUUUCCACUUGUAAUGCGCUGCCCGGUGGGUAGUUAGCAUGGUAGCUUGCGUGACACGUUCUGAAAUGUCUCUCAACAUUGUGCCGCUUUGCCGUCGCCACAGUCGCCCCGCAAAUGAGACACACGCAGGAAUCUUUCACAGUGGUAAAAAAGAACUCUUCCUCCCAUUCACUGU